AUGGCGGAAUUCACAAACAGUUCUGUUGAAAAUUCAUCUAUACACCUUGAUUUGAAUCUGCCGAUACUCAGUUUGCAGCUCGAAUCUAAACAACUAUAUGAGAUAAUCUACAAUAGGAUAAACUCAGACCUUCUACUUUGGGAGCCACUGAUAGUGGAUCAGUUUGAGAUUAGUCCGCACAUGUGUGGAACCAUCUACCCCGCCUUUGGUAUGUGCAAAGGCGCCGGAUAUGACUCGGACACGGACAGUUCAUCUUCCGAAGAAGACAAUCUUUAUUACUCUACCUACGACAAUAAACUCAAAAAAGGUAUUGGCAACACUAAACCAUUGCCUGAAAAAAAAGAGAGCGAGAGCCAUAACUUCUGUUUGACUCUUAAAAUCGGGAAAGGGUUACUGACUAUCUUCGCUCCUGUACGGGACUCCAAUAAACGCGUAGUCCCUGGGCAAAUGGGAGAACUUGUGUUGGAAGCACACAAGUUGAGCAUGUGCCAAGUAAGUGGCCUUAACGGACGCGCGAAAACUGCUCAACUGUGUCUUAGAUCCGGAAAGAUGACGCUGUACCAUGAACCUCUUCUCAGUAUACCAUCAGAGAAGCCUCCCCUACGUCUUUAUGGUACAACUCUGCCCUUAUAUUUGAAGAGCACUAUUUUUCCAUCAAGCAAGGGAGUGAUCAUAAAAGAGCGUCUCCAAGCUAAAGAUAUGUUUUCCUUAGCACUCAAGACUGAACCCGACAAUGAGACACCUAAUUUGAAGACGAUCUGUAUAGCGAUGGGUAUAGAGCAAGCAACGUUGCGUCACCGUGGCGACAAAGGCAUCGCUUGGCUGACCCAACUCAUGGACGUCUUGGAUGUGCUGGACUACCCAGUACCUGGCUAUACACCUUCUAUAGUGCUGUCGGAGUUACAUGUCCACGUGUGGGAUUGCGCAGUCGAUUACAGACCUCUCUAUUUGCCAAUACGUACAGUUUUAACGCUCGGCAACUUCAGCGUGUCCAGUAACUUGAUACCGGAGACGAACACAUCAUACCUCCGCUUCUUAGCGCAGGAGUGCACUUUGUUCCUGUACCACUUGACGGGCAGCAAGGCGAACACGACCGUGCCCCAAGACGACGAUAAAGCCCCGGACGUAAAAAGGGACUAUGUUUGCGUUGUCGAUGUUGGACUGUUUGAGUUGUCGCUCAGGACGGAGGACAAAUCCAAUGGUGCGGGGGGCAGGUGCGUGCCGCGCGUGGAGCUGACGGCCAGCAACAACCAGGUGAGCGUGCACACGUGCUGGGACUCGGCGUCGGCGCUGUGCCGCCUGCUCACGUACGCGGCGGCCGACGGCGACGCCGCGCCGCCCGCGCCCGCGCCGCCCCCGCCGCCCGCGCCCCUCCACACCCACCCGGACCUCGCCAACGAACGUCUGCUCGGUCUGGACGAUCGACCAAUAGAAGAAAUUAGAGAGCUGUCCCCAAGUGAAAUUCAACAAGUAAAUGAUCUCAUGGCUGAAGCAAUGAAAGAAAGCCCCAAUAAUAUGGUAGAUGAAGAUGAACUAAAUAGUUCAACGGAAAAAGAGGGAGUGGAAAUAUUUUUCUUCCCCGACGAAUCGAAUAUGAAGACCAAACAGCUUUCUUCCGAAACCUUGAACACAGAAACCGAACCAAAAUCCUUAGAUUUUGAUGACACUCCGCCUGUUACUGCCGAGGAGGUUCUUGAAGAUAAACCUGCCGCCGCACAAUCUACAAAAGAUGUUACAGAUCCGCCAACCACGCCGAAAGGCUCACCACGGAAAUCAAAACGUAAAAAGAUUAAAUCUGGCGGCGAUGGUAGUAACACAGACGACGAAUAUUACAUUGUGGAGAAGACUGCAUACGGCCAAGAUAACGAAAUGGAUGAGCCAGUCGUGAACUGGAUUGGCCCUGGACCAGUUUAUAUGGUUGAUAACCAUUUCACAGUGCCUGCUGCCAGAACUGAUGUACUCAAGGCACCUAAAAGUUUUCCAACGCCGGUGCUACGGUACACACUUUGUGAGAUGAGCUUAACUUGGAACAUGUACGGUGGCCACGAUUUCAAGAAUGCCGGCGACACGACUACCACCAAAAAGACUGUCACUAUUGAAGGCGACAAACGGAAACAAGGAUCGCCUAUUAUCUCCAAACGGAGCAAGGAGUACGAACCAUACGAAAGUGGACAUGCCAUAUCUGAAACGUACCGGCACGGUGUUAGCUGGGCCGCGGGCACCGAGCGGGUGCGCGGUGUGGCGCCACCGCACCGUGAGCUGCGGACACGUGGCGGAGUGCACCGCGAUCACCAGACCUGCGUCAAACUGCGCCUUGCUAAGGUGAAAUUUCAACACGAAGUGUACCCUUCUGGAGGGACGCAGGCGUCUCGUCAGACCCUCGCAAUCACGAAGAUAGAGGUGUUGGACCGGCUUGUGUGCAGCGACAUCAACAAACUACUCAGUCAGUACAAGCUGAAGGAUGAGCCUGAGAGAAAUAAUGCGCAUAUGUUGGUAGUGAAAGCGGUCCACCUGCGUCCCGACCCGGCGUUGAGCGCUCAGGAAUGCUGUCUCAAAGUGUCGCUGCUGCCGUUACGGUUUAACCUCGAUCAGGACACGCUUGCCUUCCUCGUCGGAUUCUUCUCCAAGCUCGGCUCCGACGAAUGCAGUGAAGACGACACGAAGAGUGUAACAAGCGGUCUAUCGACAGAUUCAAGCGGAUCCCGUCAAACAACGCCCACGCACCGGCCGCCAGUAAUGAGCAUUGCCAGCCACUUACGAGAUCCGCCGCCGACACCCACUUCUCUGGGCGAUGCGGACUCGCUGUCGCUUAAUGAAACUGUGAUCCGUGACGAUGAGCCGCUUAUGGAGACCUAUGAAGCUGAACGCUUGGUGUCUGAGAACUUGAUCCAACUGGAAGAGGACUUCCAGAAGCUCGGCAUUAAUCAGGAGAAACCCACCACCAGGCUUCCAGUGGAAACUGAGGCGGUUGACGACUCGCCUAUCUAUUUCAGACGCGUAGUGUUCUCGCCCGAGGUGCCGAUCCGGCUGGACUAUGUGGGCAAACGCGUGGAUCUGUCGGCCGGGCCUGUAGCCGGCCUGCUCAUGGGCCUCGGACAACUCAACUGUUCCGAACUCACACUCAAGAGGCUCGACUACAAGUUGGGCUUAUUGGGCUUAGAAAAACUAGUCCAGUGGGCGUUACACGAAUGGCUGUCAGACAUCAAGCGACAUCAGUUACCCGGAUUGCUUAGCGGAAUUGGACCCAUGCAUUCUCUUUUGCAACUAAUAACGGGCAUCCGCGACCUGGUGUGGCUGCCGGUGGAGCAGUGGCGGCGCGACGGGCGCCUGGUGCACGGGCUGCGGCGCGGCGCCGCCUCUUUCACCGCGCGCACCGCCGUCGCCGCGCUCGACAUCACCGCGCGCCUGCUGCACCUCAUACAGGCGACUGCGGAGACGGCGCUGGACAUGGUGAGCCCGGGCGCGGCGCUGGCGCUGCCGGCGGCCAGCGCGCGGCGCGAGCGCCGGCGCCGCCGCGACUCGGCGCGCCCGCACGACCUGCGCGAGGGCGUCGCCAGCGCCUACCACACCGUGCGCGAGGGCUUCGCGGAGACAGCAGCGUCUAUGUCUCUGGCAGCGCGGUCGUCGCGUGUGGGCGUACUGCGGCAGCUGCCCGGUGCGGCCGUCACCCCCCUGGCGCUGGCGGCGGCCGGCGCGGCCGACGUGCUCGGCGGCGUGCGGGCCGCGCUCGCGCCGCACCUGCACCGCGACCACGAGGACAAGUGGCGCCGCCCAGACUCCACUGCAGAUUAG